AAUACGGACACGUGCUCGAAACAUCUGUUCACACAUCAUUCACUGACUCAUUGAAAUGGGAAAUGCCGGCUCAGUACCAGACAAAUCAGUUCUAUCGAGGAACGAAGUGUCACUCAGUCGUCGACUGACAUUCGAACAAUUCUUGGAGCACAUUAGCGGAAAGCUGGGCUCGGGUCUGUCCGAGAUUCCAGCAGAAGUUCUCGCCGUGCCCAACGUCAUAGAGAAACUGGAUAUCUCAUUCAACAGCAUCCAACGUCUGCCCGACGAUUUCUCUUUUCGUCUGCCGCAUCUUUCUCAUUUGGACAUCAGCUACAACUGUUUCACCACGCUGCCGGACGCUUUUUACUAUCUCUACCAUCUCAAGUCUCUGCUCAUGCAUAGCAAUCGAUUUUCUGUUCUGCCCUUGUGUGUGUGCCACCUCCGAGAGCUGGUAAAACUCGAUGUGUCUGGAAAUCAGCUGCAGAGUAUGCCACGUGAACUAGUAAAUCUGCGUUGUCUGAGAUACCUCAAUAUAAGUAACAACGUGAUUUCAGAAUUCACAUUGUCUGCUGACCAGGCAUGUCAAAUGGAAGUCAUUAUGGCAACAUUCAAUAGAUGUCAGAACCCACCUCAAGAAGUCUGUAAUCAGGGCUCUAAGGCAAUAAUGAAAUACUUUCAAGAAAAGUGUGGAGAUCCGAAGUCUCGCGAAAAACCAUCAGCCACAAGACCCGCUCACACGGCAAACGAAUUUCCCAGACAGAGAGGCUCGAUCUCACAAGACAUCAUCGAUGCACAACGAAGUCCGAGUGGCAAACCAACAUCUCGGCAACUUCAACGGGCUCCUUUGCAAGAGGCGACACGAGACAGCAAGCUGGAAGGCAAAGUUUUAGCUGAUAAAAUAUGCGGUCUGUUUUAUGGAGCAGCACUAGGAGACGCUAUUGGAUUAUGCACUGAGUUUCUCAGUGAAGAACAGUGUCAUUUCCACUAUGACAUGGAGGGAUUAUCUUACCAAUCAAUGAUUAGAGACAGACACAGGUGUAAGUGGAGACCCGGCGACUGGACCGAUGACACCGACCAAAUGAUAAUUAUUCUAGACUCUUUGCUGUUGUGGGGUGGUGUAGUUGAUGAGUUAGACUUUGCAGCUCGUCUAAGUCAGUGGUCGAAACACGGAUUUCCAGAGCUUGGAGACACCGUCGGUUGGGGCAUCGGACGAACGGUGGGAAAGUGCAUUGAUCACAAGGACUACCUCAAGAAUCCUCACGAAGUGGCACAGAAGGUGUGGAACUCGAUACAUAGUGCUGCGAACGGGGCCGUAAUGAGAACGGCAGUGCUCGGCAUUCCAAGGUUCAACAACUUGAGUGAUGUGAGUGAGAGUGCCGUCAGGAUAUGCAAAGCGACUCAUUACGAUCCUCGGUGUCAGGCCAGCUGCAUUGCUGUUUGUGCCAUUGUGGCUCUGAUGCUACAGGGCAACCACGACUUGAAUGAUCCAAAGUCCCUAGAAGACCUACUUCACAUUGCAUCUGAUACUGCACACGGAGUACUCAAAUCUCCCGAUCACAUCAAGGAUUUUGCCCACUACACGAGCACCACAAACUUUGACAGCAUCAACUGCUCAGAACCAGACAAGAUCGGCUACACUCUCAAACCACUGGGUGCAGCAUAUGCAGCUCUUAGACUUCAAUCAGAUUUCAAAACGAUUAUCAGCGAUCUCGUCAUGCGUGGUGGCGAUGCCGACACGAAUGCCGUAGUGGCCGGUGCCGUCCUUGGCUGUAAGUUGGGCUAUUCUUGUCUGCCGUCCGAUUGGCUUCAAGGCCUACUGUCAAAACAGAAGACAUGGUUGAAUGCAAAACUCAACUGUCUCCUUGAUCUGAUGGCACUGCCAUAACUCGACGCGUUGUGAGAUAAAGUAGAGAAUUAUACAGACCGUGUGUGUGUUUGUGUGUUUAGUUUUAUGCUAAACUUUUCCGUGUUUGAUCGAGUGGGAGUCGUAGACUAGUAACUGUGGGUGUGACUCAGUAGUGCUGAGUGUAACGAGAGAGUGUACUAUUG